AUGGCCUUUGUAUAUGGUCUGCUGCUGAGGUGCACCUCUUUGGUGGGGAAGUGUGCAGCAAAACUUCCUGCUUAUUUCCUUGUAAUCUGCUUCAACGCGGGAUUCGGCAAGAGCCUGGUAAUCCAGGACUGCUUACUACACAUCGACCGAUACUCCUUCUAUUUCCGAUUACAACAGCCCAUCGACAGUCUACUAUGUCAUCUGAAUCCAGCACCCUCAGUUCGCAUGGUCCUCUGCUGGCUCAAGGACCACGCAGACAGUCCUUUCCCCAUGAAUGAAUUCACCAAGGCCAUUGGUUACGAUCUACAGGGAUCUCACGUUUUACUACAGCACAUUGCGCACAUCAGGCCGUUCUGGAAGCACGGCCUGCCAUCAACCCAUCGACGACGCCACCAACUUUAUGUUGGAGACUUGCAACCACGCCUGACCAAAGAUCUGAAGCGGGUGGGAAGGCUCAUUGCGUUCGUGAGGGCAGAAGUCCAGGUCUUUUGCACCCGACCGUCGCGCAUGCCGGUCCACGACACCGGUUUCACUCUUGGCUUGCUCAAACAGCUCGAGAUAGCUCUGCAACACCUGCUGAACCAAAUUGACUCCUUACCCAACGAAGAGCCCGCGCCGCCUGAGCAUGCACGGGACAAAGCUGUACAAGACCGUCAGAACGCAAGCCAAGACAGACGCACCUUACACCACGAAGGAUGUCGCAAAGACAAGCCCAGUAAACAAGUCCGCUUCGCUGGAAUCCUGCAGGCGCAAAAGAUCUCUCUAAUCAGACCGGAUCAAGCACCGGCCAUCGUCACCCAAUUCAAACCACACCGAUGUACCUGCGACCAGUCGUUCUGCCAAUGCCCCGAAAAGACAACCAGCCCUGUCAUGCGUGUGGAUUCCGCGAUGUCCAUCAGAUGA